AUGAUAUUUUCCGUUUUAUCUGAUUUAUUAUCAUUAAUCGAUGAUAAUAAUAAUAUCACAACAGAUGCGACAGCAUCGGCAACAUCGACAAAUCGAAAUCAGAAUAAUUUGAAUUUGAAAAAGAAAUCCUAUCGUUCAAUGUUUAAUAUUGGUGAAAAAAUGGAUUUAAUGUCCAUUUUGAUCAAUUCAUCAUCCGGUACAUGGACCAUAUCACAAAUGAUUGAAGCAAUUCGAUAUUAUGUACAAGAUUUACAACGAUUACCAGAACGUAUUGAAAAAACAAAAGAAUUGGCCAAUGAAAUUCAUACCUGUUAUCGUUGUGUACAGCCAUGUACGGCCGAAAUGGUGCAUUAUGUUUGUUCACAUUGUCAUGAAGUAAUAUUAUGUGAACAAUGUGAACAACGAAGUGAAGAAUUACAUCCAUUUGAUUUUAUUAAAAUCAAACCAAAAUCUUUAAAUUCAAAUAAUACAAUAACAAAUCCAAUCGUUAAAGCUACACGUCCAGCUAUUGAAAUGUUUCGAAAAAAUCUUAUCCUAUUGCUUGGUGAAUUACAACGUGAUCUAUCGAUUGCUGAAGAUUGUUAUGAACAAUAUACACCUGGUACACGAUUCACAAAAAUCUGGCAUAUUGGUAAUAAUGGUAAUUUUGAUUGGCCAACCGGUACUGAACUUCGUUGUCUUGGUUCAAAUAUUGAUCCAAUUGAUGGAAAAAAAUCUAUACCAUUAUCAUUGCAAGCAGAUGAACAAUAUGAUGUUCAAAUGGAUUUUAUGAUACCGGCCGAUGUUUGUGAAGAAAAAAUUUUCUAUAGUGUAUGGCGUUUCUGGCAUGAUGGCCAAUAUUUUGGACAAACAAUUCAGAUGCGUGUUAAAGCCGUACCGAAUGUUGCACAGAUUGAAAAAUUUGGUGAAAAAACUAUUGUGGCCAUUAGUGAUGAUGAUGAUGAUGAUGUUUCUAAUGACAUUGGAAGAGAAAAUGAUAAAGAUGACGAGAAAGUGAUAAUGUUUACACCGGAAAUGAUUCCAUAUCCAGAUUGUUUCAAUUUGACCAUUCCAUUUGUUAAACAUGAUGAUCAAGAUCAUGAUGAUACCGAUGAUAAUACUGAUGUUAUUGGGUCAAGUCAAAAUAUCGUGAAUCAUGAGUGUGAUGAAAAACAAUCGGAACAAGAAAAACAACAGCAACAACAACAACAACAACAAGAACCGGAACAGAAACAACAAACUGAAAAUAAGGAGAAAAAACCGUCGUCAAAGAAAAAGACCAGGUCAAAUGAACGAGAACCAUUGAUAUUGCAAAUUUUACGAUCACAAAAAACAUUGGACAACAUGGUCAAAGCUAGUAAAGAACGAUCAUCGAUCAUUAUGGGAAAACAGCAACAACAUCCGCAAAAAUCGAAAUCAAUACGUGAACCUUUUCCUUUUCAAUUUCCGGCCACUUCGGCAAUGAUAGAUAUUGCCAAUAGAAUGAUAAAUAAACAUCAUCAUCAUUCGUCAACAAAAUCACCAUCAUCAUCAUCAUCAACAACAACAACAACAACAAAUAAUGAACGAAUUAAUCAACGGCAUUUAUCUACAGGAAUGGCGAAAACAAUUAAGAUUCGUCGCCGAAAUUUGGUUCAUUCAAAACAUAACAUAUGAAUGAUGAUGAUGAUGAUUUUUUUUUAAUAUUUUCGAUUCUAUUUUGACCUUAUUUGUUACACACACACACACAAAAAAAGUUUGAGUUUAAAAUUUUUCGAAUGUUG